GCCGCCGAUCGCAGCCGAGCCGAGGCGAGGCCGAGCCGCCGCCGGGCGCUGCGCAGGUUUGGACCGCGCGCCAUUUUGUGAGGGCAGCGAACACCCAGAGCCCGGCCGGGGACCCGCCGGGCCGCCCGCGCCCCCCUUCCCUGCGCGGCCACCGCCGCGGCCCGAGGGAGGAGGAGGAGGCGCCGCCGCCGCCGAGGCCCCCGGGCGGGGGAAGAGCGGGAGGACGCGCCCGGGCCGCUCGCCCCGCCGAAGGGAGGAGGCCUCGCCCCGGGAGAAGCCGCCGCUCGGUGUUGUUUGCUGCUGGACUCCCCCUGGCCCCACAACCCCGCAGGAUGAUAUGAGACUUGAAAGAAGACGAUGCAUACAGGAGGAGAGACUUCAGCAUGCAAACCUUCAUCUGUUCGGCUUGCACCAUCGUUUUCAUUCCAUGCUGCUGGCCUUCAGAUGGCUGGACAGAUGUCCCACUCCCAUCAGCAGUACAGUGACCGGCGGCCGCAGAACAUCAGUGACCAGCAGGUGUCUGCCUUAUCCUACGCUGAGCAGCUCGAGCAGCCACUCCCACUGACAAACCAGAGGCGGAUGCCCCAAACUUUCCGUGAUCCAGCCACUGCUCCACUGAGGAAACUCUCCGUAGAUUUGAUCAAAACAUACAAGCAUAUUAAUGAGGUUUACUAUGCAAAAAAAAAACGGCGGCAUCAGCAGGGCCAGGGAGAUGAUUCCAGUCACAAGAAGGAGAGGAAGGUUUACAACGACGGCUACGACGACGACAACUACGAUUAUAUCGUGAAAAAUGGGGAGAAGUGGAUGGACCGGUAUGAAAUCGACUCUUUAAUAGGCAAAGGAUCCUUUGGACAGGUUGUCAAGGCCUAUGACCGAAUGGAGCAGGAGUGGGUAGCCAUCAAAAUCAUCAAAAACAAGAAGGCUUUCUUAAACCAGGCCCAGAUUGAAGUCAGACUGCUCGAGCUGAUGAACAAACAUGACACUGAGAUGAAGUACUACAUAGUGCAUCUGAAGCGUCACUUCAUGUUCCGGAACCAUCUGUGCUUGGUGUUCGAGAUGUUGUCCUACAACCUGUACGACCUGCUGAGGAACACCAACUUCAGGGGGGUGUCCCUGAACCUCACCAGGAAGUUUGCCCAGCAGAUGUGCACGGCUCUGCUCUUCCUGGCCACCCCCGAGCUCAGCAUCAUUCACUGUGACCUAAAACCCGAGAACAUCCUGCUCUGCAACCCCAAGCGGAGCGCCAUCAAGAUCGUCGACUUCGGCAGCUCGUGUCAGCUGGGGCAGAGGAUAUACCAAUAUAUCCAGAGCCGUUUCUAUCGAUCACCAGAGGUGCUACUGGGAAUGCCUUAUGAUCUUGCGAUUGACAUGUGGUCCCUGGGGUGUAUUUUAGUGGAGAUGCACACUGGAGAGCCUCUCUUCAGUGGGGCAAACGAGGUGGAUCAGAUGAAUAAAAUAGUGGAAGUUUUAGGGAUACCACCUACCCACAUCCUCGACCAAGCACCAAAAGCAAGAAAGUUCUUUGAGAAGUUGCCAGAUAGCACUUGGAACUUGAAGAAGACCAAAGAUGGAAAAAGGGAAUACAAACCGCCCGGAACUCGCAAACUUCACAAUAUCCUGGGAGUUGAGACCGGAGGGCCGGGCGGGCGCCGGGCUGGGGAGCCGGGUCAUACUGUAGCCGACUACUUGAAGUUCAAAGACCUCAUCUUAAGGAUGCUUGACUAUGACCCCAAGACACGGAUCCAGCCCUACUACGCCCUGCAGCACAGUUUCUUCAAGAAAACAGCGGAUGAAGGUACAAACACGAGUAACAGCGUGUCCACCAGUCCUGCCAUGGAGCAGUCGCAGUCUUCAGGAACCACCUCUAGUACAUCUUCGAGCUCAGGUGGAUCUUCCGGAACGAGCAACAGCGGGAGGGCACGGUCGGACCCCACGCACCAGCAUCGACACAGUGGUGGGCACUUCACUGCUGCUGUUCAGGCAAUGGACUGUGAAACACACAGCCCACAGGUCCGGCAGCAGUUCCCUCCCCCGAUCGGUUGGACGGCCACCGAAGCCCCGACACAGGUCACUGUUGAAAACCACCCAGUCCAAGAAACCACCUUCCACGUAAACCCUCAACAACAGAAUGCAUUACAUCAUCACCACGGCAACAGCUCCCACCACCACCACCAUCACCACCACCACCACCACCACCAUGGACAGCAAGCCUUGGGCAGCCGGACCAGGCCGAGAGUCUACAAUUCUCCAACAAACAGCUCCUCCACCCAGGAUUCUAUGGAGGUGGGCCACAGUCACCACUCCAUGACAUCCCUGUCUUCCUCAACUACUUCUUCCUCUACAUCUUCCUCCUCUACUGGUAACCAAGGCAAUCAGGCCUAUCAGAACCGCCCGGUGGCUGCCAACACCUUGGACUUUGGACAGAACGGAGCGAUGGACAUGAAUUUAACAGUCUACUCAAACCCACGCCAAGAAACUGGCCUGGCCGGACAUCCCACGUACCAGUUCUCUGCUAACACAGGGCCCGCUCAUUACAUGACUGAAGGACACCUUGCCAUGAGGCAAGGCAUUGAUAGAGAAGAGUCUCCCAUGACAGGAGUUUGUGUGCAGCAAAGUCCUGUGGCUAGCUCGUGACUAAACUGAAAACUCAAAAAGUUUGUUUCUUGUGUGUUUUUAUAGAAGUGGUGUUUUU